CAGACAGCCCCCGGCGGGGGAUGUGGUGGGAUAUGCUAAUACAGCCUGGCCGCUGCGGACCAGCCUCCCUUUACGUGUAUAUAUAAGGGCCCCCCGCAUCAGCCAGCGGACACUUCGUCUCAGGUCGCUAAUUAAGGAGGAAAUUGCCCCAGCGCGCCUCGACGAGAGCCGCCGGCUGCCGCCCCACGCUGACCAUCUCUGCUGCAGGGAUGGAGGUGAUGGACAGCUGCCAGUUCUCCCCGUCCGAGCUAUUCUAUGACAGUUCCUGCCUCUCCUCCCCGGAGGGCGAGUUUCCAGAGGAUUUUGAACCCCGGGACCUGCCUCCCUUCGGCGGCCCCGAGCCCCCCGAGCCCGCCGGCUCCGAGGAAGAGGAGCAUGUCCGAGCUCCCACUGGCCACCACCAGGCCGGCCACUGCCUCAUGUGGGCUUGCAAAGCCUGCAAGAGAAAAUCCACCACAAUGGACCGGCGGAAGGCGGCCACCAUGAGGGAGAGGAGGAGGCUGAAGAAAGUGAACCAGGCUUUUGAGACCUUGAAGCGAUGCACCACUGCCAACCCCAACCAAAGACUUCCCAAAGUAGAGAUCCUGCGAAACGCCAUCAGAUACAUCGAGAGCCUCCAGGAGCUCUUGAGGGAACAGGUAGAAAACUACUAUCACCUGCCGGGACAGAGCUGCUCCGAACCGACCAGCCCUACUUCCAGCUGCUCCGAUGGGAUGGCCGACUGCGGCAGCCCCGUCUGGUCGGCGAGAGGCAGCAGCUUCGACGCCGUGUACUGCUCCGAGAUGGCCCACGGGUACGCCGCCGGGCAGAGCAGCGCCCUGUCCAGCCUGGACUGCCUCUCCAGCAUCGUGGACCGCCUGUCUCCGGCGGAGGAGCCGGGGCUGCCUCUCCGAGACGCCGACUCCCUCUCUCCCAGCGCCAGCAUCGACUCGGGGCCGGGGACGCCAGGGACGACGCCGCCACGACGGACCUACCAUGCGCUAUGAGGGCCCGGACGGGCCGGCACCCCGCGCCUCCCGCCGCCGCCGGGGCCGCCGUCUUCGCCCGGCCACGUCCCGCAAGCGCUUCUCGGGCGAGAGGGGCAGCCCCGGCGCAGCUUGUCCCGCCACAACCCCUCGGGGCCGGGGCAAAGCGCCCUGCCGGGCCCGGCCCGGAGUCCCCCCGGGGUCGGCAGACCCUGGGGCUCGGGACAGCGCUGCCCUGGAACCCUGCUGCAAAUAAAACGUGCUGUAAGAGA